AUGGCUUGGUAUUCCCAGCAAAGGGAGUACACAGAUGAUGAAUGGAAGGCCUGGGAAGGCCUGAACAAGAAGUGGAGGCCCUCUGGAAGUGGCACUACCACAAAGUGGAGGCAGCUGGAUAGAGAAAAGAAACAGUGGAGCUACCUGGAGUUCAAAGACCACCAGCCCAGCACCAAAGAAAACCUGGCAGAACACCUUAAGGCCUUGGACAAGGCCAGGGCAAGAGCUGCUGCCCAGCUUGAAGCCUUGGAAAAGGCAGAAAGCCCCAGGCAAGUGAUCCUCCAAGAAGGGCCUUUGGAAAAGGGCCAAGAAGAGGAGGCACAGAGUCCAGCACAGCCUUUGGAAAAGGGCCAUGAGGCCAAGGCAGAGACCUUGGGCAAAGACCAGGCCCAGGCAGUCUCCUUGGAAAAGGAAAAUGCCCAGGCAGUCACUCCACCACAGCCUUUGGAAAAGGGCCAAGAGGCCAAGGCAGAGACCUUGGGAAAAGACCAGGCCCAGGCAGUCUCCUUGGAAAAGGAUGAUGCCCAGGCAGUCUCCUUGGAAAAGGAUGGUGGUGGCAAGGAAAAGGUGCCCUUGGAAAAGGGUGAGGAUGACCAGGCCUCUUGGACCACAGUGUCCAAAAAGAAGAAAAGGAGUGAGGAGCCAAAGUCCUUGGAAAAGGACAAGCCUUUGGUGGUUGUGGAUUGGCACCAACCACUGGAGGAGCCAAGUGAGGAGGAGGAUUUGCCAACUGAAGAAGAAGCCUUGGAAAUGGCUUUGAAAAAGGCAAAGAAAGCCAGGGAUGCUGUGUGCAGUGCAAGGGCAGACCUGGAAGAUGCCUUGGAAAAGGCUUCCCCACACUUGAGCAGGAAAGGCAAGGCUGGUGCAGCAGGGCUUGAUGUAGAACUUGGAAAAGUUCAUGGGCUGCUGAAGGGGGUCUUGCAAGGCAAGAAAAAAGGACAAACCAGCAAGAGUGUCCAGAAGGUGCUGGAAGAGAGCGCCAAAGUGAUCAAAGCAGCCAAAGAUGAAUGCAAGGAACUCAUGCAGAUUGGCAACAAAGCCCAGUCUGUAGCCAGCAAGAGGUCCAGAACCUGA